GCCAUGGCCUCGGACGUCCUCCACUUCAUCUCGAAGCAUCACCUAACAAAUGUAUCCUUGCUCGGACAUUCCAUGGGAGGUAAAGUCGCUGCUGCUGUAGCACUGGCUCCCAACCUUGGAAUGUCGACGCUUUCUCACCUCAUUUCCGAAGUCUCCAACGAAUUUAAAUCAUACGUUAAGUCCAUGAAGAAGAUUGAGGCCAUGAAAGUGAAGACACGAAAGGAAGCCGUCGAUAUUUUGCAUGAAACAGAAAAAUCUCCGCACACGUCACACGGGCAUGCACAUUUCCGGAUCCCGAUAAGCAUCCUUGGAAGUUCGAUUCAAGACAUUGGGUCGUUCCCUUAUGAAGGUGGGGAACGACAGCGGGAUGGUAAGGCUCUGUUUAUCAGAGGCGAGAAGAGCCCUGCAAAUAUUCCUCUAGUUCAUGCUGAGCGGCCGAUGGAAUUGAAAAAGCUAGUCACAGAUUUCGUAUCAUAGAAGAGACCCCGAGAUGCUCUAUGUAGAUCAUACGUCCGAAAAUGACCUCGGGAGAUACGUAGACAUAGAAAUGCGAUUGGUACGUUUGGUUUGAUGACGAGAGAAGGAAACCCAUGAUGCGGCGGCGGAGUAUGUGCUAAUGCCUCUAUUCGUCUGUGUUAGCAGCAAUGCCGUCUACUUUCGAGUGUUUCUCUG